AGAGUAGGGAAGAGAAGGACACACACAUACUGAACGCACGCAGUAGGACCAGUUAUAUAUAUUUUCCAGUUGAGAAAAUAUAUCAUCAUCUUACUCAGACUAUUUCUGAUGCUGUAAUAUUUGCAAGUGACCUGCAGUAUGGGGAUUUCAGUCCUAUCGUGUGUCUCCCUCCUGCUUGUCUUUGAGGUAACCACAAAGGGCCAGUUUCCUGGAGAAAGAUUAAGAACACUCCUGGACUGAAAAGCAUGCUGAACGGAGAAUCUCUGUUGAAAAUGCUUUUUAGUCCCGGGUCCGUUGUCUGCAUUUACAAAGAGUAGGAUUGCUGUUCGGCUUUAGCUUUUAGAUCAUAAUGAAUAUGAUAAUAUGGACAGGGCAGACCUGACGCUAGAUCAGCACUCCUACUCUAAGACACUUUUUGAAUAAGGGCCCAGGAGUGUAGGCGUAAAUCUGGUUCUGGGAAACGGGCCCAUUUUGUUUUGUAAUAUCAAACCCUGGUUUUUAGGACAAAUGCUAAUGUGGCACAGAGACACUUCAUGUACCUUACUGCCUCAACCUUCUUGUUUGGUUGUCCAUCUCUGUCUCUCUAUCCAGCUUUUCUCUUCUUCCGUUGGGGUCCUGCAAAGUGUACCUGGCUCCACCCUGGUCUUCCCAUGUCUCCCUGGCCAAAACCAAAAAAGCUUUGCUGGGGCUAAGAUCACCUGGAAAUACAACGACUCCCUGGUUCCCGACUACCCAGAAUCCUCAAAGCAACUCAAGGCCUCCAAGGAUGGCUUCUAUCUGGAAAUCUCUCCCGUCAGUGUAGCCAACGAGGGGGAAUAUGAAUGUGUGAUCAAGCAGAAUGAUAUGGAGUGGCAAAAAGUGCACAUAGUCCAGGUUGAUGUGUCCAGCAGCUACAUUCUCAAAGUAAUCGAAGGGUCCACUGUGAAUUUACCUUGUGAUCGCCCACCAUCCAGCAAAGACCCGGUCCAUUGGUACAGAUAUGAUAAAGGAAUGACGAACGGCACACGGAAGCAGUUGAAUCCUGCAGAGACUGGAGAAAUGGUGGAGGGUGACAGACUAGAAUGGCUUUAUGGCCCCCUUGAAAAAGAUAUGACAAUCACACUUAAUGAGGUCAAAAUGGAGGAUGCCGGCAUGUACUACUGUGAGACAGCUGAGGAGGGCAGAGACAGCAGAAACUUUAAUACAAUUGAGCUAAUUGUGGAAGCUGCGCCCACCGUUCUUCCUUACUCCUGCGUUGGGUUCAUGACCCCCUGGGAAUCGUGUCAGGACGAGACCAGCAGGUCGUGGGAGGCCAUGCUAGGAGAAUCCCUCAAUGAGUUCUCCAUGAAGCUUUAUGCCCACCUCAGCCAAUCACAGCCCAUGAAAAACCUGCUCUUCUCUCCAAUCAGCAUCAGUGGGGUGUUAACCCACCUGUUACUAGGGGCUCGUGGCAAGACAAGGAGAGACAUGGAGACGGCUCUCUGUCUGUCUCACGACUUCUUCUGUGUUCAUUCCGAGAUGAAGAAACUGAAGCUGAAACUUCAGGACACACUGAAGAUGGCCUCCCAGAUCUACUACAACCCCAAUAUGAAAGUGAGUGAGUCCUUUACCAACCAAUCCAUGCAGUUCUACGAUGCGGAUCCAGUCAAAUUGACCAAUAGCAGUGAGGUAAACGUGGAAAUGAUCAACAGUUGGGUUGCAAAGCAGACAAAUAAUAAAAUCAAAGAGCUGGUCGACUCUGUUCCCGCCCACACCGAACUGCUACUCCUCAAUGCUGUGUAUUUCAAUGGUCAAUGGAAGAUGAAAUUUGAUGCAAAAUCCAAAACGUUUCCAUUUGUGAAACUGAAUGGUGAUACUGUGAAGGUGCCUGUCCUCUACAGUGCCAAAUACAAAUUGGCUGUGCAAUAUGUCCCGGCAGUGAAGGCACAGGUGGCGAUGUUCCCUCUCUCUGGUGCAAGUAGCUUGUUCAUCUUGCUCCCGCCCACUACCAAGCUCACAGACCUGCAAUUGGUGGAGGGGAAGAUGACGGACAGGGCAGUGAGCCAGAUGGUGGAGCAGAUGAAUCAGGUGUCUCCCCAGGCCACCGAGGUCACUCUGCCCAAAAUCAAACUGGACAUCCGGACCGAGAUGAACACCCUGCUCAGGAAGAUAGGUUUGUCGGAGCUGUUCGACAGCGCCAACCUGUGUGGCCUCUACUCUGACAACGAGUUGCUCCUGACGGAAGCCCGCCACCGGGCCUUCCUCUCCCUGACGGAGGAAGGUGUGGAGGCUGGGGCGGCCACUUCCCUCUCCUUCUCCCGCUCCUUCUCUUCCUUCUCAGCCCUCAGGCCCUUCCUGAUGAUACUGUGGAGCGACCAGGCCAAGGUCCCACUGUUCGUGGGCCGAGUGACCGAGCCGUGAGAGAAGGAGGAAGAGAGAGGGAGAGAGGGUAGCAUGCAUAUAGAAAAAAGCCAUGUUUGCAAAAGAAAAGGACAACUUCCUUCUAUGAAGUUACAUGUUCAUUGUAACUUCGUAGAAUGACUGUCAAAGUGUUUUAAAAGAAAUACUCGGGAGGGCUUGCUAUAGGUUGUCACAAAAUGCAUGACUUAUCAAAUAAUAAAAGUUGACAUCUC